GGUGUGCUUUGCUAUAAAAGUAUUUGAUUGUUUUCUUUCUAACUUAAUUGUUACUUUAAUAUCACUAUUUUCAUUGAAUUUUGCUGUUUUUGUUUUUAGGGUUUUACUUGUUGCUAUUUCAAUUUGGCAUUAAAUCUGUUUGUUCUUUUGCAUUGCAGAGAUAUAGGCUUGUGAUAAUUACUGUGUGUGUGUGUGAGAUUGGUAUGGCUAGGAAGUACAGUAGUGAGUCGAGUGAGCGAGACGAGAGCGAAUCAUCUGAUUAUGAGAGAAGAAAUAGAGGUAGACGAGAUAGGGAAUCAGAUAGAAGAAGUGGAAAACGGAAUGAGAGAUGUGAUGAGCGUGUUGAUGAUGAUGGUGAUGAUAAGGAUAGGGAAAGAGUGAAUGAGAGGGAUGUUAGGGAUAGAGAUGGGAGGAGUGGACAGCAUAGUGAACGUGUAGAGAGGAAGGAGAGUUCGGAGGAAGAAGAUGGUGAGUUGGUAGAGAGGGAUGUGGGGAGGCAAGAAGGGGAGAGAAGUCAUAGAUAUGAUGAAGAUGAUAGGCGAGAAAGGGAGAGGGCCCGUCGGUAUGAGAGUGAGCAUAGACGGAGGGAGAGUGAGGAUGGUGGUAGAAGAAGGGAUCGACGUGAGCGGCAUGAUUCAGAGGAGAAUGGUGAUGAGAGGGAAUCAUCUUAA